AUGACAAAUGCUGAAAAGUUAUAUCGCAUGAUGCUGCCGAAUCUAAGCCAGUAUGUUAUUGCUCUUCUGAAAGUCCUCUUGGCUGCAGCACCGUCUUCGAAAGCAAAAAGCGAUGCUAUCAAUAUAUUGUCGGACCUACUUACACCUGAAACAGACAGCAACGAGGUUUUAUCCAGUUCGAUCAAUCUGGAUAGUUUGCAUUCCAAUGUUCUCGAACAAAGUGUUCGUGUUGCAAUUGAUAUCAAUCGGCAUAAGGAGAUAAUGGUGAAAGCUGCUUCGGCAAUUCUCAUCCUGCUAAUGAAGCAUUUUCGGCUGAAUCACAUCUAUCAGUUUGAAUAUCUCGGCCAGAAUCUCGUGUUCGCCAACUGUAUUCCCCUUAUCCUAAAGUUCCUCGAUCAGAAUAUGGUUCGCUAUGUCCAAUCAAAACACGAACUACCACCAUAUAACUAUCCACGUGCUCCGCUUUAUUACGCCCGAAAUCAUGAGGAAUGGCCUGUGUUCACAGCUGAUAAUUUGGAGGAGGGUGAUUCGCAGUCGCCGUCCUAUCAUCUUUGGCGCAAUGUCUUCUCGGCCAUCAAUCUUUUGCGCGUCCUCAAUAAGCUAACAAAAUGGAAACAUCCACGCACCAUGAUGCUUGUUGUCUUCAAAUCUGCGCCCAUAUUGAAACGCUCACUGCGAGUCAAACUGGUUUGUUGCUUGUUCUAUGCGUCUAUGCGUGUGUGUGUGUGUGUGUGUGUGUGUGUGCUGCUCGCGCACGCUUCAGCUGUUUAUUUAUUAGUAGUUUUGCUACAUACUUGCGGUUUAUGCACCGCUUCAAAAGAAAACAUUACAGAGAUUGUUAUUCCGAAGCCAUUGAUAUUCUAG